GGGCCGCGCGCGCCGCCGGGCCGCGCGCGCCCCCUGCUCCGCUUAAAUAGGGGCGGGGGAGGCCGCGGUCGGUCUCGCUCGCCGCAGCCGGCCCGCGCUCCGUGUCUUCUCGCCGCUCCUCCGCUCGCUCCUCCGCGCCCCGCGGCCGCCGUCUCCGCCGAUCGCCAUGGAAGAAGAAAUCGCCGCGCUCGUCAUCGACAAUGGCUCCGGCAUGUGCAAAGCUGGCUUUGCUGGGGAUGACGCCCCCCGGGCCGUGUUCCCGUCCAUCGUCGGGCGUCCCCGGCACCAGGGUGUCAUGGUGGGCAUGGGCCAGAAGGACAGCUACGUGGGCGACGAGGCUCAGAGCAAGCGGGGCAUCCUGACCCUCAAGUACCCCAUCGAACACGGCAUCGUCACCAACUGGGACGACAUGGAGAAGAUCUGGCAUCACACCUUCUACAACGAGCUGCGCGUGGCCCCCGAGGAGCACCCCGUGCUGCUCACGGAGGCCCCCCUGAACCCCAAGGCCAACCGUGAGAAGAUGACUCAGAUCAUGUUUGAGACCUUCAACACGCCGGCCAUGUACGUGGCCAUCCAGGCCGUGCUGUCCCUGUACGCCUCUGGCCGCACCACUGGCAUUGUCAUGGACUCUGGGGAUGGGGUCACCCACACGGUGCCCAUCUACGAGGGGUACGCCCUGCCCCACGCCAUCCUGCGUCUGGACCUGGCUGGCCGGGACCUGACCGACUACCUCAUGAAGAUCCUCACGGAGCGGGGCUACAGCUUCACCACCACGGCGGAGCGGGAGAUCGUGCGGGACAUCAAGGAGAAGCUCUGCUACGUCGCCCUGGACUUCGAGCAGGAGAUGGCCACCGCCGCGUCCUCCUCCUCCCUGGAGAAGAGCUACGAGCUGCCCGACGGCCAGGUCAUCACCAUCGGCAACGAGCGCUUCCGGUGUCCAGAGGCGCUCUUCCAGCCCUCCUUCCUGGGCAUGGAGUCCUGCGGCAUCCACGAGACCACCUUCAACUCGAUCAUGAAGUGCGACGUGGACAUCAGGAAGGACCUCUAUGCCAACACGGUGCUGUCUGGCGGGACCACCAUGUACCCCGGCAUCGCCGACAGGAUGCAGAAGGAGAUCACGGCCCUGGCGCCCAGCACCAUGAAGAUCAAGAUCAUCGCGCCCCCCGAGCGCAAGUACUCGGUGUGGAUCGGGGGCUCCAUCCUGGCCUCGCUGUCCACCUUCCAGCAGAUGUGGAUCAGCAAGCAGGAGUACGACGAGUCGGGCCCGUCCAUCGUCCACCGCAAAUGCUUCUAGACGGACUGCGAGCAGAUGCGUAGCAUUUGCUGCAUGAGCUAAUCCAGAAAUAAAGUUUGCCCUGGCAAAUGUACACACCUCAUGCCAGCCUCCUGAAACUGGAAUAAGCCUUUGAAAAGAAAUUUUGUCCUUGAAGCUUGUAUCUGGUAUCAGCACUGGAUUGUAGACCUUGUUGCUGAUUUUGACCUUGUACUCGAGUUAACUCUUCCCUUGGUCUAUGUUUAAUACCCUGUGCAUAUCUUUGAUUUAAACCCCUAGUCACACACAUGCGGCUCUGUCACCUCGUGGCUGAGGUGAGAACCUGUUGAUCGUGGAAGAGAAAUCCGUUGGCUGGUUGAGAAUCUGAGACGGAGUCUCUCCGAUCUGUGCAGGGUAUUCAUGUGUCCGAGCUCCUAUUCCAGGAUUUCUCUCGAGGCUGGCAAGAGUCCGGAACCAGUUGUCAUUUCUGUCUUGCCGGUCUGACGGGGUUGGGAAGGUCCGAGCCUUAGGACCCACUGUCCUUUCUUCCCCGAUGUUUGCCCGCCAGAAAAUCGUGGGUUGUUAACUUGCCUUGAGUUGGAAGCGUUUGCAUUCACACCUGUAAAUUUAUUCAUCCUUUUAAUUUAUGUAAGGUUUUUGUACGCAAUUCUCAAUUCCUUAAGAGAUGACAACAGAUUUUGGUUUUCUACUGUCACGUGAGAACGUUAGGCCCCAGCAACGCGUCAUUGUGAGGAAAUAAAGUGCUGCAGUAAACCCUU